AUAUUAAGCGGCUAAUUUGUUCCAAAUUAAACUGUUAAUUAUUUUCCUUCCUUUUAUGAUGGAUUUGUUUUCCUUCCAAUUACUUCCUUCUUUUCGAGUUAAGCUCCACCUUGCAGAGCGUCAAGGUAAAAGUCUCUCCCCCUGUCUCCCUCACAAAUUGGUGGAUAGUGAACCCACUGCCAUGGUUGGCCCAUUUGCUUUCAGUGGACACGGCAUCUCCUCCUUACUCUCUUUCUUUCUCUUCAAACAAAUCAUUUUUUCUCCUUCUUCUUCUUCUUCUUCAAAAUCGAGACCUAUUUUCUUUUAUUUUAAGGGGAAAAAAAGACAGAAAAGAAAGAAUCUAUGCUUGCUCACCAUGUAUUUGUUCCAUUGCCAAAGAGAAACUGACCCCACAGAGAAAACACACAAAAAACACAACGAAACAAAACAAACAAACAAACACUCUCUAGUUAUCUCUUUCUUUCUCUUUUUUCUCCUCUUCUCUGUCUAUCUUUCAAUAAAUAAUUCUAAAAGUCGUUGAAGGAUACACUCUUUCCCUUUUUUUUUUUUAUUAUCUUUUAUCGCACACACAACAAACAAAAAUUAUAUAUACACACACACAUAUAUCUUUCAUCAAGGGCUUCUCUUUAUGCUCACCGGCGAUGCCCACGCCGGUAAGCGUAGCAAGGCAAUGUUUAACAGACGAAGCGGCGCGUGCACUACAGGAUGCAGUAUCAGUAGCGCGUCGCCGUAGUCAUGCACAAACGACAUCGCUCCAUGCUGUCUCCGCUUUACUUGCGUUACCCUCUUCUACUCUCCGUGAUGCAUGUGCACGUGCUAGAAAGAGUCCGUGUUCUUCGCGCCUUCAGUUUCGCGCGUUGGAAUUAUGCGUAGGCGUUUCGCUUGAUCGAUUACCGUCGUCAAAAGCCCUAGAUGAGCCACCUAUAUCUAAUUCACUUAUGGCGGCGAUUAAAAGAUCGCAGGCUAAUCAAAGGCGACACCCUGAUAAUUUUCACUUGCAGCAAAUUCAUUGCAAUCAACAGCCACCUUCCGUUUUGAAAGUUGAGUUGAAGCAUUUUAUUUUAUCCAUUUUGGAUGACCCGAUUGUGAGUCGAGUUUUAGGUGAAGCUGGGUUUAGAAGUUGUGAUAUUAAGUUAGCUAUUAUUCACCCCCCGAUCACACAGCCUCCGAAAUUCUCACGGUCCAGGUGUCCUCCGCCGAUAUUUUUAUGUAAUUUGAAUGGUUCGGAUGUGGGUCGAGGCGGGCAUGGGUACCCUUUCAGUGGGUAUGAUGAUAGGGGCGAUGAGAAUUGUAGGAGAAUUGGCGAAAAACUUGGCAAAGUCAAGAGCUUGUUGCUUCUUGGUGUUUGUGCUAGUGAUGCUUUGAGUAGGUUUAUUGAAUGUGUAAAUAGUGAUAAUAAAGGUGGGUUUUUGUUGCCCAGGGAGAUUGUUGGGUUGAGUGUAGUUUCUAUCGAAAAGGAGAUCAUUGAGUUUGUUAGUGAAGGAGGGAAUGAUAAAGAAAAAGCAAAAGAAAAGAUGGGUUUUAAGUUUGAAGAAUUGAGGAAUAAAUUGGAGCAGUGUUUGGGUGUGGGUGUUGUGUUGAAUUUUGGAGAGUUGAAGGUUUUGGUUGAUGAAAAUGUGUUUAGUAGUGAUGCCGCCAGUUAUUUGGUUGAAAAGUUAACUGGUCUGCUGGAGGACUUUAGAAACAAGUUGUGGUUGAUGGGAGCUGCAGCCACAUAUGAAACGUAUUCUAAGUUUUUAGGCAAAUUUCCAUCUAUAGAAAAGGAUUGGGAUCUUCAUCUUCUGCCCAUUACUUCUUCUAAAAGUCCUAUUGAUACUUUUGGCUCUAAAUCCAGCUUGAUGGGGUCUUUUGUCCCAUUCGGUGGGUUCUUUGCUACUCCAUCUGAUUUCAGAAGUCCAUUGACCAAUAUAAAUCAACCCGUUACUCGGUGUCACCUUUGCACUGCAAAGUAUGAGCAAGAAGUAUCUGCAAUGCUGAAGAUAGGGUCAACAAUUUCAGUUGCAGAUCAAUACUCAGAGAAUCUACCUUCUUGGUUGCAAAUGGCUCAACUUGACAGAGCUAAGGGAUUGGAUGCAGCUAAGACCAAAGAUGAUGGAACAACAUUGAAUGCUAAAAUUACGGUGCUGCAAAGGAAGUGGAAUGAUAUCUGCCAGCGGCUACAUCAUGCUCAGCCUUUCUCUAGGUUUGACAUUUCGCCUGCUAGCCCACUGGUAUCAGUUGAUGAGGGCAUUCAAUAUGUUGCAGAUAGGAAAGAAAACAGCAGCAGCAGCUGCAGCAGAGAUUCAACAUUUAAUGAGAGUCAAUGCGCAAAUUUUGGUCUGGGUGUUAAUAUUCCAUCAAAACAUAGCAUACCGAUACCAGUAUCUUCUGAAGCUGGGAAUGUUAGUUUCCAGUCUAAGCUACUCGGUCAGCAAAAAGAGAAAGGUGGUCCUUGGUUUCCCCCUAUCAUUCUGCCCAUCACAAAUCUGCCUGCUGACCGCACAUCAUCUUCAUCUGUCACUUCUGUGACUACAGAUUUGGGGUUGGGAACAAUUUAUGCAUCAAGUUCUCGGGAGCCAAUUACUCCGAAAUUAUGUGAUCAUAGAGAGUAUCUUCAGCGGUUUUCAGGCUUCAAAUCAUCCGAGUUUGAAGUUAGUGAGAGUACUUCAUAUCAGAUUAUACCAUCUUCUAGGUUUUCUAAUCCUUCUUCAGGAGGGCAUUUUGAUUAUAGAGAUUGCAAAUCAAUCACGAAAGCUCUUACUGAAAAAGUUGGCUGGCAAGAGGAAGCCAUAUGUGCUAUUACUCGAGCCAUAUCUCGUUGCAAAGCUGGAUAUGGAAGAAGUUGUGGCUCAACUGCACGAGGCAAUAUUUGGCUUACUUUUCUUGGACCUGACAAAGUUGGAAAGAAACGAAUUGCUUCAAUGCUUGCUGAGAUAAUGUUUGGUAGCCAUGAACACUUAAUUUCUGUUGAUUUGAGAUUCCAUGAUGGGAGUAGCCAAUUAAACUCUGUCUUUGAAUGUCAAGAAUCAAAUGAUUAUGAUGUGAAAUUUAGGGGGAAGACAGUUGUUGAUUAUAUUUCAAUGGAGUUGGGCAAGAGACCCCAUUCAGUCGUGCUCCUUGAAAAUGUAGACAAGGCUGAUCUUUUGGUCCAGAAUAGUUUGUCCCAGGCCGUGAGGACAGGUAAAUUUGCAGAUUCACAUGGGAGAGAAAUCGGCAUCAAUAAUAUGAUCUUUGUGAUGACAUCAACAAGCGCAGUGGGAAAUAAGUCUCAUCUGCCUCAGAAGGUAACUAUAAAGUUUUCUGAAGAAAGAAUUCUUGGGGCUAAAAGCUGGCAAAUGAAAAUGUUAAUUAAACAUGCUGCUGAGGGUUCCAACAGAGGCAGUGAAAUGACCAUGAAGUUUUCAAGACUAGUAACCUCCACUGCAUCACCUGUGAAUAAAAGAAAGCUAGAUGGAGCUUCCGACACUGCUGAGCAAGAUUUUAGUAAUGAAGCUAAGAAACAGGCUCAUAAACUGUUUGGACCAUCUCUGGAUUUGAAUCUCCCUGUAGAGGAGACAGAAGAGAACAAUGACUCUGGUAGUUGUGGUAGUGACUCCAUCUCUGAAAACUCACAAGCUUGGUUGGAUGAUUUCCUUGAUCAAGUAGAUGAGAAGGUAGUCUUCAAGCCAUUUAAUUUUGAUGGUCUUGCUGAGAAAAUAGUAAGGGAAAUCAGCACACACUUUCACAAGGCAUUUGGGACUGAGGUUCCAUUGGAGAUUGAUGAUGAAGUCAUGGUACAAAUACUUGCAGCUUCUUGGUUAUCAGACAGGAGUAGAGCAGUGGAGGACUGGGUUGAAGAAGUCGUCGGCAGAGGAUUUAUGGAAGCUCGACAGAAGUACGGUAUCAAUGUUCAAUAUAUUGUAAAACUGGUUGCAUGUACAGGCCUUUUGGUGGAAGAGAGAGCUCCUGGGAUAUGCCUGCCUGCAAGAAUUAAUCUGUAAACUGAUUUUCUUGCUCACCAAAUGUUUCUUGUAAUUAUACCCACAAUUUUUAGCUUUUAGUAUAAUAUAGCUUUAGCAUCUGAAAUGCCUUCUGGUUAAUCAAUGCCAUUUGAGGGGGGUGGGGUAAUUUGUUUUUCUGCUGUAUCAAUAGUAAGCAUUUGAAUAGGUCCAACAAAAGAAAAGGGAGGAAUCUCUAUUUUUUUUA